AUGGGUGACGAUUCUGACGAAGCUGGCCAAAGUGCCAAGCGCUACCGUCGCAACGAUGCCAAGGACCUUUGGGGAAACAUCAGUGCGCUGCUUGAAGGCACCUCCGUGGUCAAACUCUUCUGCCGGGAGCUGAAACCGAACUACUCCAUGCCUUGGACGACAAAGAGGCAGCAAUCCUCCACUUCCACAGCCUUUGUGCUAUGCCUGAAAGAGCGGCUGCUGCUCACGAAUCGGCACUGCGUUGCGCAUGCCAGCUGUAUUGAGGUGCGAAAGCGAGGAGACGACCAGAAAUAUGAGGCCGAGGUCCUUGCCCGCGCCACGGACUGCGACCUGGCGCUUCUCACAGUCCGAGAUGAGACGUUCUGGCAAGGCGCCACGGCACAGAAAUUCUGCCACGAUGUUCCCGCACUGUUCUCUGAAGUGGUCUGCGUCGGGUAUCCCACUGGCGGGGACAAUCUGUCUGUGACAAAGGGGGUGGUAAGUCGGGUGGACUACGAGGACAAUCCAGAUCCAUGGAGAAACCGCUUGGUGAUUCAGAUCGAUGCUGCCGUGAAUCCUGGCAACUCUGGCGGGCCAGCCUUGGUUGCAGGAGGCUCCUGCGUGGGCGUCGCUUACGAGUCCCUGAAGGAUGGCUCCACGGAGAACAUCGGCUUCAUCAUACCAGUCAGUGUCGUGGAGAAAUUCCUUACAGCCUGGCGGAGACUAAAGGCCGCUGCAAGCACAAAAAACCAGUCUGAGGAUCCAACGCCCAUCAGAGUGACGGCUUUCGGACACGGGCGUUUCUCUGCACAGAAACUUGAAAACGCUGGCAUGAGGCGUGCUGUGGGCCUGAGCAACGGACAAAGUGGUGUUAUCGUGAAGUCUGUCGAUCCCACAACAUCUAAUGCCAAGGUUCUGCAGAAAGGUGAUGUGCUUCUGUCACUUAUCGGUGUGUCAGUCGGCAACGAUGGCUGUGUUCCAUUCAUUUGUGGCACUUCACGCCACGACCGAGUUCCGUUUCCGUAUGUUGCUAUAGAGAAGUUUGUUGGCGAAGAGCUGGAAGCUGAGAUAAUGCGUCAGGGCAAGAGGCUAUCCAUCACCUUGCAGCUAUGUCCGCAGGAGCCACUCGUGUCCGUAGAGAAAGAAGCUCCAUGGCUGCUUGACUACUGCAUUAUCGGUGGCCUCGUCUUUGUGGUGCUGUCCCAGCAAUACCUACGUGCCACCUUUGGGGAUAAGUGGCGCAAAGAGCGUUGCAAUGGACUUUCAGAGAUCAUGGACUCUCGGGAACGUGAGUUCCCAGAUGAGCAGGUGGUCGUCCUGUCCUACGUGCUGGCACACACGGUCAACUUGGGCUUUCAGGAUGUUAGAAAUGCUCGCCUCAAAGCCUUUGUGGUGGAUGGAGUCCCUGUGCGGAUCCGCAACAUUGCCCACCUAUCAGAGCUUGUUCAGGCUUCCAAAGAGGAGUUCCUGCGAUUUGAGCUGUACGGCCGAGGUUCGGGCUUCCUACCUGACAUCAUCGUGCUGGAGCGAGCUGCGGUUGAAGCUUGCGAGGAGGACAUCCUCCGACGCAACAAGAUUCCGGCAUCCAAGAAGAUUUCCCAUGAGACAUGA